AUGUACAUCACAAUGGCCCAAUACAUUACACCGCUUUAUUCAAUUUCUGAUAAGAUAUGCCGAAUAAGAUUCUUCCUUCAUUCCUAUAGUUUAAAGGAAAACUUCGACCAAACGAGGGAGACUUGGCGACUGGUUUUGAGGCAAAGACAACUGGAGCAGCUAUUCUUUUGCUUGACUGAAGAUUUCUACUUUCGUAUAAUGCUGAUAGUGCUCUGCAGCACGUACGGUGCAACAGUAUCUUUUUUCUUCGCGGUGGGUACAGUCGGCGAGUUCUUAUACACAAAUACGUUUUAUGGAAACGCCGAUGUGAGGCUUCCAGAUGGAGCUACAUGUCCCGCCCAUCUUAACCUUCGUGCCUUCAAAUCAUAAGAUUCAUGUCACCUUAUUGCUGGUGAGGAAACAGGAACGGAUUUCGCUCUCUUUAAGUUAGACAGUAAAUUUGAUUGUCUUAAGCAUCUACCAGAAGAGGCUGGUUACUACUAUAUUAGGGAAAUGGUACCGCUUAGCACACUCAUGGAAAAUUUAAAUUUGAAAAACGACCAUUCAGAACGACCUAUAUUUGAAAAUUCAGUCAAAUAGGCAUCUAGGUUCUCAAACAUAAAAGCGCUUUUGAAAAUACAACAAUUUUAA